UCGUUCGCUAAAAAAUAACUGCAUCGGAUCGGUAAUCGAUAUAACGGUUUUAUGAAACUUUCACACCUCCGUAUAAAGGCACUAGAAACUCAUUCUCAAAAACAUUCAGUGUCACGUAGCGAACGGUUGAACACCGGCGCGAUGAGAGCUUAUCUAAUUUUGUUCAUAAUAUCGUCGUCGGUGAUGAAUUCUCUUCAGAAGAUAGAGAUGGCUCGUGUCGACGAGACGGUUUCGGUCGACCAGUUAUUAUGCGUAAACGUGGCCCUCAAAAAAUACUACACCGACUACCAGAGGAUAUUGAUUUUUUCGAACGAUCAAAACGACGUGGUGAACAAUCUGUUCAAAGCGCCGUACCUCAUGCUCGGCGAAUGGGAAUUGUUGGACGAGUCGCUCUCGACGCACACCGGAGCUUUCGUGAUAUUCUUGGACGGUGACGGUCGACGAGAUAUCGAAGGUUUGUCUCUGUUUCACGACGACACUUUGAUGCUACCGGUCAUCAUACUAUGCCUCGAAGAUCCCGAUAUUUGUUCAUCCGAAGACUACGUAAAAACGAUCACUAAGAUCGCAACGAUUGCCGAUCUAUUUUACGUGGUGAGCGACGACAACGGUACGGUCGUCGUCUACGAACACACGACAACGGCGGAGGGACACUGCGGUGUCGCGAUACUCACCGAAGUUGGAUCGUGUUCCGAAGAAACUACAGCGAAGAAAAUAAUCAACAAAUCGUUGAACUACCACAAAUGUACUAUUCGAGUCGUAACGUGGCCUGUACCGAGGUACUACGAACCUUGCGAACCCGGUGAUCCGAACGACUUGUGCGGAUUCGAAGGACGCUUCAUGGAAAUCAUCAUCGACAAGAUCAACGCCACGAUCGACUUGAUUCUCGUCGACGCUCCGGAUGCGGUCAGAAGCGUCCUCGCUAAUAGAUCGGGCGAUGUCGGAUUCGGUUCGCUGGAUACUCAGCCUUUCGACGGGGUCGGUUACGCGGCAGCGCAUACUUUUUGUCAAGGAGCCGUUAUCGCUCCCCAUUCGAUGUGGGCGGCGCAAAAUUCGAUCGGAGAUAUCCUUACGCCGUUGGCAAUCAAGGUUUGGGUAGUACUCGGAGGGCUGAUAGCCCUGAUCACCGUAUCGGGGUUCUUCAUUCCAAUCUUUCGAAGCUUCGACUGGCUGAAUUUUUUGGCAACACUACUCGGCGUGACGAUUCCUAGACAGCCUAAGGGAUUUUUCGGGCGUACCUGUUUUUACUCCCUUAUAUGGAUCGGCUAUCAAGCCUCGCAGUCGUAUUUGGCUAAUCUGAGGGACGUUCUGUUAGCUCCUUGGCAACAGGCGAUUAAGACAUUGGCCGAUUUGGACAAAACUAAUAUUUCGGUAACGGGAUAUCCAUCUGGAAAGAAGAGAUUCAAGGAAGAUUAUCCACGAAUAUUUUCAAACUUUCACGUUGAAUCUCGAUACGACGUUUAUUACGAAACGAUGUAUCAGGUGAUCGAGGGUAAUCUGACAGCGGCGUUUUACGUUGAGGAUUCGGACGAAAUUAUGACGAAAUGGCACAACGUCAAGGCUAUAGAGGACAGGACCAGUUGGUACCCGAUAACAAUGGCGACACCUAAUGUCAGCGCGAUCCUGAAAUGCUGCAAUAAACUUAUAUCGUCGAUAUGGGAGAGCGGAUUUAUAACAGCUUUUGAAAAUAUGGCGUUAUUGGUCGCCCGUUUCAGAAAAGUGUAUCGAUUCAAUUCGGCACCUCAAGUGAAUGAAGUAAAACUCGCGGAAUUGGGACCAUUGUUUUACAUCGUACUCAUCGGGUUCGCUAUGAGCUUUCUCGCUUUUAUGGGGGAACUCCUCGCGCCGUGUUUGAAGAAAUUCGCCGAUAGAAAAGCGGUCUUGAAACGACGUCCGAAAAGCAUUCGGCAAAAACAUGUACACGAAAUUCUGAUUCUUUCACAACGUAAAUAUCGAUAAUCCCGAUCAAACUUUACAUUAAAUGUAUCCAAUUCCGAAA